AUGCGGUUUUCUAUUUUUUAUUCGUUAUUUGCAGUCUCUUCGGCUUUGCAAACCCUUCCGCCUGUUCAAUGGGCCAGCACUGGCGGUGGAUCUUUUGACAUUACUGCUAUUGAGCGGAACAUCUACAUCAGCAAUGAUUUUGCUUCGCAUCGUGAUCAAGAUGGCUUGACGCUCAUUCCCCCAUCGGCUCUUGAGUUCGCACAUACAUUUCGCGAUGAUCUCGAGGAAGUGACUGGCUCCUCUUGGGAGGUCCAUCCUGUGGAUUCGCUGCCUCCAGACUGCCCAGGAAUCUUCCUCGACGCUGUGGCAAAGAGCCGGCAGAAUGAAUUUAUCUACGAAAAUGGCAAUCCCACCGAAGAAGGCUACGAGCUAGACAUUCAAAACAAUCGAGUUGUGAUCCUUGGAUCAGGUUCCCAAGGAAUGUGGUGGGGAACGCGAACAUUCCUGCAAGAAUUACUUCUCGCAAAGGCAAACAAGCGCCCCAUUGCAUCGGGUCGAGUUAUUGAUGCGCCUUCAUUCUCGACAAGAGGGUUUAUGCUGGACGCAGGGAGAAAAUGGUAUUCUCCGUCUUACCUGAAGGAGCUGUGCACAUAUGCCUCAUUCUUUAAGAUGUCGGAGUUCCACUACCAUACUAGCGACAAUGCGCCGCUGAGUCGCGGUCAUAAUGAGACGUGGAGCGAUGUCUACGCACAGUUUGCUCUGCGUCCUGAAAGUCUAGAACUGCAGGGAAUCGUGCAGCGACAGAAUGAAACGCUGACACGAGAGGACUUUGAAGAUCUACAGAGCCAUUGUGCCCAGCGUGGUGUGACUGUUAUCCCGGAGAUCGAAGCGCCAGGUCAUUGCCUCUUCGUUACGAAGUGGAAACCGGAGUUGGCGCUUGAGGAUAAGAAGGACUUGCUGAAUCUCUCUCAUCCAGAUACCAUUCCGUUGGUGAAAUCUAUCUGGGCAGAGUUUCUUCCCUGGUUCCAGACAAAGGAAGUACACAUUGGCGCAGACGAAUACGAUUCGACCCUCGCGGAUGUUUACAUCGACUUUGUGAAUGAAAUGGCACAGUUUAUCGACGAAGAGGCUGGAAAGAAGGUCCGCAUCUGGGGAACCUACGAACCGUCCGAGAACCGGACGAUCUCCAAGGACAUCAUAAUCCAGCACUGGCAGUACGGACAGUCGGAUCCCAUUGAACUAGCAAACGAAGGCUACGAGACAAUUAACUCAGAAGACUGGUGGGCAUAUAUGUCUUUGAAAAACGACCACAUGCCGAUCUUCCCAGCACCGUAUCCGCAAUUCUUCAACAACACGCGGGUGCUGAAUUUUGGCGGCGUGGACGGCUGGCAGUGGAACCCGUCUCUCUUCAAUCCAUUCAAUGUCACCGAGCAGCCGAGCCAGAAGCCCGUCAAAGGAGCUAUACUUGCAGCAUGGAACGACAAUGGACCUGACGCGACCACUCAGUUGGAAUCUUACUAUGCCAUCCGCAACGGCAUUCCGACAGUUGGGUCGCGCUCAUGGUCUGGAAACCGCGGCCCUCGACUCGACAAAUCCAGUCUUUCGACGUCAAUGUCCAUCUUGACAUCUAAUGCUGUUGCUCAGAACCUCGACCGUCAAUUGCCACCAGCCAAGAACAGUACCGGCUCGUUAUUAACUUGGGCCGCACCUUCCACUUCCAACCGAACCAACAAGACUCGCAUCGGCCACGGCAGCAAAGGCAUGAACUAUACCCUCGACCUUUCCGUAACCGGCCCAUUCACACUCUCCUCCACAGACGCCUCACUGAGCCUGUCCCCCAAUGGAAGUCUAACGUUCACUUCCGACGGCUGGCCCUACCCACUCCGUUCUAUUGACGAAACCGACGGCUUUGACGAGGGCUAUCCGGGUCGAAUCUGGACGAACGAAACAUCAUCGACACAUGAGGAGGUCAAGGUGCCGUUGAAGACGAAACUUACGAUUCGUACGGACAUGAUUGGAGGAAGUCGCGUGUGGGUGGAUGGGGAGUUCAAGGGACGGUUCGAAGUUUUUGUGUUUGGAGGCAAGAAUACGUUGUUUUCGUGGAGUCAGAUGGCAUUGGUAGCGCCGUUGGAGUGGGUAGAAGGGGGUAUCAAGAGGUUGGAGCUUAGAGGAUUUGAUGGACAGCAUUGA